UGUGUGUGUGCGCAUAUUAUUUUUCCGAUUUCAACAACUCUUGUUUGGAAAUAAGAACUGAAAAUAGGCUACAACCUAGCCCUAGCCUACCUACAUCCUGUUGAUAACUGUGCGGUUAUCUGCUACUAUAAAGCAGGUCUUCUAGUCAUUACUGCUGCAAAAGAUGUAUAAGAGAUGCCUCCAUGUUAAUGUGGGUUGGGCAGUGUAUAUGAUGGCCAGUUUAGUCCUUUCCGAGAGUCUAGUAAUCCAAGUAGACUGCAAUGAAGAUAUCUCUAUGAAGUGUGACGCUAUCGAGGAUAAGAGCUAUCGAUCCAUUACAUGGUAUAAGCUGAACAACCGGACUGGUAUUAUCAGAAGAAGUGACGACGAGAAGCCGCAGUUCUAUGAAUUUCCCCGACCUGCCAGGUUUGGAAUGAAGGACAGUCUGGUCCUUCCCAGAGUCAGACCUGAGGAUGCAGGGAACUACCUGUGUCUCAUCAGGGCCAACAUAGGACAGACCAACAGAGAGUCAAAAGUCACCCUCAGUGUAUCUACAGAUUGUGGUAUCCAGACUACAGUGGCAGGGACAGCAUGGCAGGGAGUGACUCACACUACCCCACAGUGUACCAUGCAUUUGGUGGAGGUCUCUGUCAUAUGGACUUUAUGUGGAUUCUUGAUUCUUGGCCUUGUCAAAAUCACUCUUUGUCUCAUCUCUAUGCAGGUUGUUCGAAACAUCAAGAGGAGACAUGGCAGGGGCAAACAACAGCAGUGUCACCAGAUCUCAACCCAAUUCAACACUUAUGGGAGAUUCUGGAGUGGCGCCUAAGACAGCGCUUUCCACCACCAUCAACAAUCCCUCCAAUAGAGUUCCGGACAGAUGUAGAAUCUAUGCCAAGGCGCAUUGAAGCUGUUCUGGCGGCUUGUGGCGAACCAAUGCACUAUAGACGGGUUGGCUGACAACGCCUCGAGAAUGAUGCACGCACAUCAAUGAGGCAAAAGUCAGUGUGGUGUUAUGAUUCUGAAUGGUCAGAUAGCUAGCAACAAUGACAAGAAACUACCACGUGGGGAAUCAUAGGUGGCUCAAAUUUUUAAAAGGCAAAAAUUCGCUAGCUAGCUAACCAACAACUGCAACAAUGUAUUUGAGAGACAACAAGUGCACAUUGUGCACAUCAAUUUAUACAUAUUUGGAGACUAAAUACAGGUUAAAUGUUGUAAACAAUCUAAGUUACCCUGUCUGUUUUGCCCUAUAGUUGGGCACACAUCGGUUUUGUUGCUAAACAUCCAACCCGUCUAUAAAAUAAAUAUACUUUUGUGUUGGUGUUUCCUUUAUUUUGGCAAUUACUUGUAGGUCACCUGGAUAAACUUCAAAUUUAUGACAAACACAAUAAUGUAAAGUAAAACCUAACAAUACAAUGAAAGAUGUAAAUAUCAGCUUCAAAUAUACAGUAUAUCAGAAGUUCUGCUUUGUGUUGCAAAAAUCUUGCAAUGAUACCCUGAGCAGUUAUCCACUAAAUGCCGUUCUACACAGAUUGUUCACCCUACUUAUCAUAGACUACUGUACUGAUUUCAUUCUGCCGAUACUGGAGUUGAUGGGUGAAGUUCCAUUGAUUGGUGAAGAUCCAAGAUCCACUUUGUGAAGUGUUUGAUGCUGAUGAGGUAUGAAUCAUGUCCAGGAUUGCUGGUAGCCCUUGCUGGUCAUGCCCUAUCGAGUAAACCCCUGCUGUUCAAACUGCAGGGUGCUGUAAUGACUUUAGCGUCAGGCUUUGGGGAUUUCUCUGCCUAUGAUACUGUAUUGUUAUUAACUAUGUAGGCCAGAAUAUACACAUGUUAUGAGGCUCAGGUGUGUUGUUUUCUGUAUUCAACUGUAUUGUGCCCUGUAUGAUACAGAAGAAAAAACCUUUCCAAAGAACUGUCUGUGGUUUUUCACAAAAGUAUCUAUGCUUCUGCCAGGAAGUGUGUAAUGGAGGGGGGAGGGGGGGUUAGCAUUUUGCAAUUUUGUUUGCACACGAAACACCAUGACCUAUUAACCUGUUCAGUGUAUUGCCCUUUCUCCCUAACAUGGAGAAGUUACAGUGAGUGAGGUGACUCGGACAUUUCUCCAUAAGAAUCUCUCACCUCCUACGCUUCUAGGAGGGUACUUUGUCACUAUGUGAUAACACACUUACACCUUGCAUUUAAACCUCUGCCGUAUAGGUCUGUCUGUGCUAUGUUUUCCUUUUAAAAAAAAAACGUAAAUCGUGUCUGUUAAAACAGCAAGUAAUACAAGUUGAAAAUCUUUCUGUGUUCCAUCACUGAUAAUCCUCCUCCUGCCCGUGUGCAAUGUUGUUUCAGUUCCUGUUCUUGCUUUCCUAACUAUGGAAAGUGAAAGAGCUGUGUCAUUCUUCCCUUACUGUUCUCCAGCCCGUAUUGGCCUUACCUUGUGGGGGGAAAUCCAGCUGGUUCGGAUGCUGUCCUUCUGGGUGCAUUGGCUGGACAGAAUCUACUGAACACAGAGGGGCUAACGCAGACUCCCCAAUGACUUGACCUAUGUACUGCAGCAGAUUACCCUGGUAGCAUCAGAACAAAGGAACAUGUUUUAUGGAUCCCGUACGCAUCGAUUUGACAUUUACAGAGAUGUGUCUUCUCAUUGAGGGUCGAUUGAAAUAGACCAUUUGAAAACAUGAGGACAGAACUCCACCUGUUGGUGAUUCUUGAAAAUACAACCAGAAUUGUGACACAACAACUUAGAUAAUAUCACAUGGAUAAAAAAAGUGUGAAAGUUGUUUUUCUUAAAUAAAAAUACAAAUACAAAAAUA